AAAGAAUUUCUGGACUUAUUAGUUUGUAUUAAAUGCGUAAAUUAAAAGUCCCUUUAAUAUAACAUCGAUGAAUAUAAUACGCUACUAGAGAGAAGACUACGCAUGUUUUGAAGAUAUGUUUGGGAAAGAAGCUGUUAAGCUCAUAACAGAGCUCGAUAUGCAUGAAGAUAUUAGACCAUUUAAUGAACAGGUGAUGCGACAAGUUUUUGAAGAGAUGCAAACACUUUAUGAAGCCAAUUUGGUGGACAGCAACGCAAUACAGAACGAAGGAAACAACGCAUUGUUACCAUCGGUACAUUUUCGCCAUACGGCUCUGCUCAGGAAUAAAAGAUGCGUGCUGGCGUACCUAUAUCAUCGGAUCAGACGAUUACGGCAGAUGCGCUGGGAAUUGGGCAGUAUCCUACCAACCGAGAUAACCGCCAACUUGCUGAAUGCAGAGAUGCAAUGGUUUCAGAAUUAUAAUAAAUCUCUGGCCACUUACAUGAGAUCAAUAGGCGAUGAUCAUGGAUUAAAUCUGACUGUGAAUAUGAAUCCUCCAAAGACGCUAUAUGUUGAGGUGAAGUGUCUAAGUGAUUUCGGCAAACUUGAACUCGACGAUGGUGAGGUCAUUACAUUAAAAAAAAAUACAUAUCAUCUGUUACCAAGAACUACAUGCGAACCACUUAUCAGACAAGGCAUACUCGAACACCAUAAUACAUGAUAAUUGUAUAAUUAAAAAAAGUUUCUCCCUAUUUCUAUCAUUUCUUUUAUACAUUUAUGUAGUGUGUAUUUUAGUGCUACAAACACUACCAUCGUUACGUGCAGCUCAACGUAAAAAUGAACACACGCGCGCGCGAUUAUCGCAUUUAAGAAGUAAAACAAACAUUUUUUCGUGCAAAAUAAAAC